AUGAGUCAGUCAAAUAAAGAUAGAAAGCGCAAAAUGGAUGCCCUGAUCAGCGGCGACAACUCCAAAACUCAUGGUAGCCAGGAGAGUUGUUGUUCGUCAGCUAAAACACCAUGCAUGGCUCAGGGAUCCGCCUCUGGGGAUUCCCAGGGAAGCAUGCGUCAUGAGUUUGUCACAGUGCUGCGGGACCUUGAGAAUGAAGGCUCGCCUGCUGUCAUUCACACACAUGCAUGUGAACUUGAAGACGUCUGGUCUCACAAGUACCCACUCCCACUCAGCAAAUACCCACCAAAGUCCAUCAAAACUGGAAACAAACAUUAUGAUGCCAUUUUGCCUGACUUACCAAAAAUUGGAUACAAGCCACUGCAGGUUAUAGCAAAAGGCCGGUCUGGCACAAUUAUUCUGGCUCAGGAUCUCCGAGAAGGUAUCGAGAUGAGGGAGACAGAAUGUCAGCCAGUGGCCAUAAAACUGCAGUCUGGCAAGAAGCGUAAACAGGCCACAGCCAGCACCCCAGAAGACAGUGAGAGGAAAGAGCAGCUGACAGAUGAAAUCCUCAUCCACAAACGGCUACAACACCAGAAUAUUGUGACACUGAUCAACACUAUUUAUUACCAGGGACGUACAGGUCUGGUGCUGGAGUUCUGUGAAAGUGGCAGUCUGGAGAUGCUGCUGAGAGCCCAUGAUGCCAGAUUUGUCAGUGAACCUGUUGCACGAAGGUACCUGAAACAGUUGCACAGUGCCAUUGAGUACAUGCAUUUGUCUGGAGUGGCCCACCGCAAUCUGUGCCUGCAGAAUAUCCUGGUGACCAAUGACAACGUGGUGAAGAUCGCAGACUUCAGCCAUGCAGUUCUUUACACGCCCGGGGAUGCUCUUUAUACCGAGCUCGUGGGAACAGUGGGCUACCAGGCUCCAGAGAUGCUGUUAAAGCAGCCUUAUGACCCAAGACAAAUUGAUCUGUGGUCACUGGGUGCUGUCUUGUACAACAUGGUUGUGGGUCGACUUCCCUAUGGAAGGAUCAAGACUCUAGAGGAAGCACGCGCUCUCAAGCCAUUGGUUCUUCCUCCUAUGUCGGUCAUGGUGCUGACCCCUCAGGUCAAGGAACUUCUCGUUGGGAUGCUGGCAUAUGUGCCCAGUUCAAGGUACACCCUGAACAGGGUUCGGAACAGCGAGUGGUUCAGCAUGUCUUCAGACAAGGUGCAUAUUGGCAGCUUUUACCUGGUCAGACAGCCUCAGAAGAUUUGUGAUGGAGAACGAGAGCGAGAGGUCAAGGCUGAGUAUGAUAUUUAG